UCAAACUGGAAAGAUGGCGGGGGCUCCAGUGUCGGGGGUCCCUUCCCGUCCGCGGGACGUGGAGAGAGAGGCGCGGCCGGACGACGGGGCGUCGGUCGCCGCCAGCUCCCGGGAGGACUGCCGGGUGCGCUGCACGUCGAAGCGGGCCGUGACGGAAAUGGUAGAACUGUGCGGCCGCUUCGUGGACAAGCUCGGGGACGCGCUGCCGGAGGAGAUUCGGGGGCCUGCGCUGCGGGACGUGCAGUGGACUUUUGAAUCAGCUGUGCAAGAGAAUGUCAGCAUUAAUGGGCAAGCAUGGCAGGAAGCUUCAGAUAAUUUAAUAGAUUCUGAUAUUAAAGUACUUGAAGAUCAGUUUGAUGAAAUCAUAGUAGAUAUAGCCACAAAACGUAAGCAGUAUCCUAGAAAGAUCCUUGAGUGCGUCAUCAAAACCAUAAAAGCAAAACAAGAAAUUCUGAAGCAGUACUGCCCUGUUGUACAUCCAUUGGACCUAAAAUAUGACCCUGACCCAGCCUCUCGUGUGGAAACUUUGAAAUACAGAGGAGAAACAAUAGCUAAGGAGAUCAGUGAAGCCAUGAAGUCCUUACCUAAAUUAAUUGAACAAGGAGAUGGAUUUUCCCAAGUUUUAAAGAUGCAGCCUAUUAUCCAGCUCCAGAGAGUCCACCAAGAAGUCUUUUCCGGCUGUUAUAAGAAACCAGAUAUUAAGCCUGAGAGCUUUAUAACACAGAUAGAAACCACACCAACAGAGACUUCAACCAGAAAAGCCACUGACGUGGUCCUGAAAAGAAGGCGAACUGAAGAUUGCCCCCAGAGAAAACGGUAUCCAUUGCGGCCAAAGAGAAUUAAUCUUGACACAUAAGCUCUUGUUUGUCUUGAGAGUUGAAAUUCGGCACUGUCAACAGUCUAAUGCCUAGACAGGACUUCAUUUAAAAAGAUAAAUAACUCUUUAACUAGCGAUUCCUUUAUACAAAAAUAGUAGCGCUGUGCUGGGAUAUAAUGUAAUAAUACUAUUUUCUUAUCACUUCGUCUUUAGUAGAUGAAAAGUAUAUUUUUAAAAUAUUGACACAAAGCCCAUCAGCAGGCAUUGAGAGUGCAAGCUUUACUGCCCUUAAAUGUAAUCAACCCUUGGCUGCCUUACAGCUUUUGUGGAAUAUCACAAGUAGCACAUUCUGUUGGAUUUCUAGUAUACAUCUUUCUUUAAAAAAGAGCAGUGUCACAGUUGUCUCUAUAAAAGUGCUAAAAGUAAUCAUCAGUUCUGUGUGGGAGCCAGAAGCAGAUAAGGUUUUAGGUUUUUUUCCAACACAAUUUGAUUUAUCACAUUGACAUGCACAUGAGAAGACUGACUUUGACUCUGCUAUUCCAAGUUCAGCUAAUUUGGAUUUGUGGUAUUAUUUUUAGGAUUUUUCUGCUUUUGUUUUGUAAAACAAAGAAAAUGACUUAUUUAUAUAAGACUUUCUCUUAGAAAUAAAAAUUGGCAUAUAGCCAGUGUUUCUUGUUUUCCAUAGGCCUUUCAACUUUUAAACACUUACUUGGGAUGAAUAGUUUCUUUUCAGGAUUUCUCAUUAUUUCUUUGUACAUAAUUGCAGUUAAUAUAUACUGGAUUAAAAAAUAACAAACUGUCAUUGUGGAACAAAUAUAAAACUGAACUAUUUUACAUUUAAGGAGAUUUAUUUAAAGAUAUUAUUGGUAGAAGGCUGAGAAAGUUAUAUCGCCUAUAGUUUUAACAUUUCACCAUAGUUUCUUAUAGUUCUUACUGUCUCUCUUCACAUUAAUACAAUGGAGGCAGGGCCAUCUAACUUUUCUCCUUUGGAUGACCAUAUAACUUCAUUUAUUUGCAGAGGAAUUUGCUAAUCAUGAUGUUGGAAAAUUAUACUUUUCUUGUUUAUUAUGUCUUAACAAUCAUAACUGUCUAAAUGUGGCAGAAAGUCUGUUUCAGUGAAGAAAAUUUGCAAAGCCACUUUAUCGCACUCUGUAUUUUAACGUUACAAUUUGAGAUGUGUGUAUUUGUAAUAGCAGUGCUUUUAUUUAAAAUAACGUACAAAGACUGAAGUCUUGAUAUUGUGUAUUUUUUAGUCUUGAAGUCUGCUUUAGUUGAAUGGUAGGUAAGCAUCCUGCAUUUCAGAACAUUAUUAAAAUUUCCCUUUAAAAUUGUUUUGAAGCUACAGAAUAUUGUUAUUCUAAUACUAAUACUAAUGUAAUUCUAAUAAUUCUAUGUUUUUUAGAGUAUAAAAUUCUGUCUGAAUUGUUUCAUUUCAGUAGCCUGUAAAUAGAACAAUUAUUCUCCUCGAUUAAUUACAUUGUCCUUGUAUAAGAAAAUGUCUUCUUUUUUUAAGAGCUACAUAUUGAAAUACAUAGAAUUUAAUGACUUGAUGUCUUGGAUUUGCUCUGAAAUAUGUUAGCAAAGAGAGAAAAGGAAUAGAUUAAGUAAAUGUAACAAAGAUUUUAAUAAUGUUGGAUCUGUGUGAUGUAUCCAUCCUUCUACUCUUGUGCCUAUUUGGAAAUUUUUAUAAUUAAAAUAAAAGUUUUAUUUUAAAGUU